AUGUUCCGCAACCGAAACAACGCCCAGAAGCCCGAUGAAGAGUUUAUCGGCCGCUUCCAACGAACCUUUUCUGAUAUUGUCCCCCGACGAGAUGGCGAGGGCGACCCAAAUGGCGGCUUUAUGAUGAAUGGAAAGCCAAUGGGUGACAUGAAAAUGGAGGAGUCCGAUAUGAAAUUCCCGCAUGAUCGAACUCCACGAAACCUUCAGGACCUCAAUUUCACAUCGUCGUGGGUGGACCCGAGUGCCAUGCCGAUGAUGCCUCUCGCCAGCCAGUACCCGGGUUUCUAUACACCCAACUCUGGCGGCAUGGGCGCAAUCUUCCACAACCAGGCAGGCGAUCUGCACACCCCUACGGCCGGCAUGAAUAUGAUCACGCCACUCUCGCUUUCGAACCCUAUGCCAGCCCCUCCGAACCAGGCCAGUAUCGAUCAAUUUAACCAGCAAUAUCUUGGGCAGUCCGUCGAAAUGAACCCCUUUGUCCAGCCAGCGUCGUACGCACCCAGCGCGUUUUUGAACAGCCGCGAAUCGGGCUACGAGGCCAUGGAUGAAUCCGGGGAUAGUUCUUCACUGAAUGAAUUCCCUGUCGAUGAGGCAUCGACUAUCUCUACCUCCACCGAAUUCUCGAGUGUGUCAGGAAUGCCAUACUCUCAAGGAGAAAAAUUCCGCUAUAAUGUCACUUUGCGAGCACCAACCGCAAUGGUCAAGCAUAAGAGAGAAAUUCCAGUGACCUAUCUCAACAAGGGCCAGGCGUAUAACCUCACGGUCACGGAUUCUAGCCCGCCCAUUGUCACCACGGAGCCAAUAAGAUAUCGAACCUUCGUUCGAGUUUCCUUUGAAGAAGAUGAGCAAAAGUUCAAACCGGCUUCCUGCUGGCAAUUAUGGAAGGAGGGUCGAGGUAUUAACGAGGCGCAUCAACGUGGAGGAAAACUCCAAGCCGUCGAAUACGUGGACCCGAUUCAGGGAGGUGAUGAUCAUAAGUCUCGCCAGAUCCAAGUGGAGAGCAUGUCAUUCGAUGGGUUCUGCGUUACUUGGACUGCCAAUCCGCUCACAGGUGCCUCCGACUGUACCAUUCCUGUACGAUUCAACUUUCUCUCAACCGACUUCAGUCACUCGAAGGGCGUCAAGGGCAUUCCGGUGCGACUCUGCCACAAGACGGAACUCCUUUCACCGGGAGAAGAAACAGGUGCCUCGCGGGAGGCUGAAGUGGCCUAUUGCAGAGUCAAGCUCUUCCGAGACCACGGUGCUGAACGAAAACUGUCCAACGAUGUCGCCCAUGUCAAGAAGACGAUCGAAAAAUUGAAGCAGCAGAUCGCGCAGGCAGAAAUGGGUGGUGGAUUUGGCAAGCGCAAGCGCGGCAGCCAGGCCGCACCCACGAUGAAGGGCUCAGACCGGAAUAUGAAGGCUUUGAAGAAUAAGCGGACGUGGUCGAUCGGCUCCCAAGACCAGCCAGAGAAGCUGUCUUUGGAGGAUGACUUGCAAUCGAAGUUGGCCAUGAUGCAAGACAUGUUCUCGUCAACAAGAGCCGUGAGCGCUCUCGCUCUGCGUGGUGACGAGCAUGACGAUCCCGACCUGUACCCGGUCCGGUUGCCGACCGACGGUGACUCCGCCAAUAUGGAGUCUCUCAAUCGUCAGAACACCGGUGCAUCCCAGUCUAUGGAAUCGUUGAUCCUUUCCCCAACCAGCAGCAAUAUCUCGUUGGACUCCCCACGGAUGAACGGGAGACAAAUGCCUGGGAAGGAGUCAAAGAAACCAACUGCCAUUUCGCGGGUCUUAGAUGAUUCUCGGACGGGAUACAUCGAAGCCAUUGACAUCGACCCUACAUACCGGCCUCCAGCGGAACGGCCGCCCAAGCCGAUUGCGUGCUUCUAUAUCCGAUUCGGCGGUACUGAGCAGCAGCCUUACGAUUACUACCGUGCCAUCUACCUGACCGAGCGCACCGUUCGCGACCUGAUGAAGAAGAUCUCCGAGAAACACCAUAUCGAUCCCUCGCGCAUCGUCCGCGUUCUACACGUCAACCAUAACGGAAUGCGGAUAAUGGUCGACGACGACGUCGUCCGCGAGCUUCCGGAGGGCCAGGACAUGGUUGCCGAUAUCUACGAAGCAGAUGCCGGCUGCAACGGCACCCACAGCCCCCCAAUGGAGAUCAAAUUAACAUAUUAA